UAAAUCCGAACGAACGGGAGCGAUGCGAAGACGCGGAAAUUCGUUCGUUCAUGUUUCGAGUUAUUUAGAUUCCUUUUCGCCGUGUUUGUCAACGCGAUUCGACGUGACGAGUUCGACGCUAUUCAGGAUCUUGUUGACGCGAUGAGUGCGAUCCGUACCGAAUGUAAUUAGUUCUUGGAAACGGCAAAUAAUCAGUAAAUAUUUAUUCGCGCACGCAUCAUGAAUCCUAGUUAACUCUAAAGCAAAAAUAUCUAAUCAUGGAUCGAUUAGUGUAAAGUGAUUCUUUCCUUUUGCGUUCUUCCCAAGAUUUCUGCAACGUCAACCAUCAACGGUGUUUAGACUUUAUUUUGGGAUCGGAGCGUGAGCAAUGGUACGGCAUUCACGGACCGAGUCUGUGCACGAAUGUACAUACUUCAUUCACGAAUAACUUACCGCGGUUCGCGUGCGAGGUUUCUGCGCCGCAGCAACAAGUUAAAACGGAAUUAAACAAUUUAAAAAUAAUAAAUCAACCGGAAAAGUGUAUGCGACGACGCAAGUUUGAGAAUCAUGGAGAGGUCAGUUACAUACAUAGAAGGUGACAAUCACCUUCGGGACUACUGGGAGGAAUAUCAAAAACUGAUGGAAGAAACUAAAUUGCUAGAUGACUACCUUGACGAGGAAUGUCCACAAACCUACGAUGAUGGUGAAGAAGAAGCUGAAUGGUUACGUACAGCUGGUCUGGGACAGUUAACAGAAGCAUGGAAGGCUGGCAGGGAAGUUCAACCGGAAGAAUUGGGUGCGGCAUUGCGGCCUUUGUCGCGAGCGCAAGCAGAAGCAGUGAAGCGUCGCGUUAAGUCGCUUAAUCAUACGGUGAAACAGCGCUUUAAUCAACGCCAACGCGUUCGUAAACCAGAUAUCAGAGACGUCUUUAAAGAUGUAGAGGCAUCGAGUACUGGCACGCGAUCACGUAGCGCUACGCCCGAUUCCUUGGACUCUACGACAAGCGCGACGCCAGAGAAUGCCUCGCCUCCAUCACCGACGACGGUUCCAGAUAUUGACGCGCAUCACGCAAAUAUCACCGUUCCAAACUUCGUGUCGGUGUUUCAACAACUGCCGAGCGAAGGUAAAGAAACGGUACGCAGAACACCGAGUGCUCCGUCGACGACAACGGACAGGGUGCCGGGCCCGCCGGCAACUCCGUUUCCUGUUCAAGAAAUUUUCAGGCGAGCUGGAAACUGGUUACGAGGAGAUGUUGCCAGUGAUUCAGAAGGAAUACAGCUGACGGGCUAUCACAGGCUGGGAACGAUACAUGUUUCGAAACCCAUGAUACAAAGACGAAGCGGAAGCGACCCUAGCGAAGUCGGAAAUGCGACGGGCACAGAACAGUUAAAUUCUUCCAAGGAUUCUACAUUGAGAAGGAACUCUGGUAGCCAUGCGACCGUAACGCGAAGUCAUAGCAGUCUAUACGGAUUGACGAGGCCAGCCGAUGAAGGUCUGAUAACGCAUCCACUGAAUCGGACGUCCUCUCAUGGUCACUUGAGCUUCGAGGAAAUGUGCAGGACGAACGAAAUCAUGACGCAAAUACAUAGGAAAUCGGAUGCUCUUGUUUCGGCUGAUGAUGCACAGAGUCGACUCGGAGUAGAAAUGCUGACACAGCGAGAUUGGACUAGGUUACAGCCGCUCUUGUGGCUCGAAUUGACCGCGGUGUUCGACAAAUACAGCGUACCAUUGAAGAAACGUAACCCGAACAAGCGUCGAACAAAAGCUGGAAACUUGUUUGGCGUCUCGCUAUCGACCCUCUUACUUCGGGAUAGUCAAUUAACGUCCGAGGAGAGCAACAUCCCGUUAGUGUUCCAAAAAGUGCUUAACGAAUUAACCAGGCGCGGUGUGAAAGAAGAGGGCAUCCUUCGCGUUGGAGGACACAAGCAAAAAGUUGAAUCGAUAUGCGUCCAGCUGGAAAUGGACUUCUACUCCAAGCCCAGGGAAAUUGAUAGAUUGUUCAAACGCAUGUCCUGUCACGAUUUAUCUGCAGUAUUAAAAAGAUUGUUGCGCGACCUCCCGCAACCGCUACUCACCGUUGAACUUAUAGAUGCUUUCUACCAAAGUCAUGGUGUGAAGAACCGACAGGAAUUAUCGUACGCUUUAAAUUUACUGGUGCUACUGUUACCGAUAGAACAUCGUUGUACAUUGAAAGCGUUGGUAAAGUUCUUCAAGCUGGUUAUAGAGAAUCAAUCGUCGAAUAAAAUGUCGAUCCACAACGUGGCGAUGAUAGUGGCACCGUCGUUGUUUCCGCCGCGGUACAUUCAUCCCCGGGAUCAUUCCGAUCUAACGGCUCAAGUAAACAUGGCUGCCAUAUGCUGUCAAGUGACGGAAGCUCUCCUCGUAAACUCGGAUAAAUUAUGGUACGUACCGAAGGAUCUUUUAAAUCAGUUGCAUAGACAUUCCGAGGAGGAGCGGUAUCGCAAGUACAAAAAGAAAUACUACUGACUUUCGUUCUCGUUCCAAUCAGUUUGUUACAUUCUGAUGUUGAAGUCUCGAGAACGAAGUUGAUCCCUUCGUGUAAUAAUUCGGUCAACGGGUGAACGAUUGUUGAGAUAACUUUUUUUACCAAUCACAUAGAUUAGAUUAACUUUGAACGUAACGCAUAGGUAUUCGUAGCGCAAUAAUUCGAGCUGCGAGAGUAUGGUGCGAUUAGUUUUACCGAUUUCAUGCGUAUCUCUUGAGGUGCAAUAUAGACGGAGGUGCAGACUUUUUGAUCCGUUCAUAGGAGUAAUAAUAUUUGUAAAGAAAAUUUUACUCUUUUGACUUUUGAAUUUGCUCAUCGAAGCCGAACUUAAGUUCGCUGGUGCCACGCUAGUCGAUAUGAAAAGGACACGCGGAUGAUUGAGAGAAAAUCUCGCAGAUCGUAGCGCGCUGCAGCGCGAUGGCGCGAGUUACCUUCCAAACGGUGUAUCUAGUUUAUUACUAACGAUUACGCGAAGCGUGCGCUCGACCGUGGAGAACCUCCGCGGUUCGUAGGAUAGGACGUAUACUUCUCGUUUAUUUUUUUAAACAUUUUUCUCUUUUUUUUACCUGUCAACAUGAACCGACAAUUUAUCGUACUCGUGUUUACUGUAUGCGAAGUCAACGAGCGAAACGAGGGGCGGUGGUCAGACGGUCGAAACUAUUUGUUCCGCAGCCUCUUGUUUCCACCUUUAUAUCGUGUUUUACGAUACGCCAUAUUACUGUAAGCGAUUGUACAUAUUAUAUAAAUUUGUUACAUUUAUGUCAAUAAAGUGCCAAAGAAAACAA